ACGAUUUUUAGCGCUGCAGCUCGUGCUCGACAUGAAUUAAGAAAUACGGAUGAUUUAUUCUCUGCAACAAGGAGACUUUUUCGACGUCAAACGCAGCGAAGUCAAGGCAAGUGGAUGCUCUAAUAUCGGCUCAUAUAACUGUAGCUUUCCAAGUGGACUACGUUAGCUUAGUGCACUUAACUAGUGGAAUAAAAAAUAAUAAUAAUUGCGAAAAUAAAAGUAUUUGGUUAACACAUGUGAUGUGAUCAGUUUGCAGCUAGUGCAUCAGUGGUAUGAUCCCUUGUGUUUUUUCCAGGUACAGUUGGGAGGCGGCCAAGCCCUGCAUGGAAGACGAAUAUUUUCUUGCUUCCUGGCCCUAAUAUUGACGUUCUUCCUUCUCCCUCUGAAGUACUAAGACUUAGGAACCAUGGAUUAGGCAACCCUGAGCAUGAGGGGACAGAAGCCAGAAGCUCAAAAAUUAACUUGAAUUGGAGCUUAUCUGAACUGAAUAACUUUGUUUGUCAAAGCUACCCACACAUCAGCCUAAAUUUGGUUGGCUUUGAACUGGCAAGGGCUGGAAAAGGAAGAGAGGUAAAAAAAUUACAAGUGAAUUCUGUGAGGGAGCUGAAGGAAAAGGUUGGCAAAAGCAGACUCUACAUUCUACCAUGAGCAGAUGUGUUGCAGGUAUGAUUGUUUUGUAUACAUGAAUUGCUCAGUGUAGUAUAGUACAUGCAGAGUAAUGUGUUCCAGUUUAAUUUAAAUAUGUCUUAGCCAAACCUAGGAAACCUCAUCAACCUCAGCAAUGUCCUUCAGUUUGUUUCCAGAACCCUCAGCAGCACCAGCAGUAGACGAGAUCUCUCCAGGGGCUGAGAGUACAAAUAGCCAACAUUUGGGGACACUUCUAGAUUGGCAAUCUCUACGUUCCCAGCAAGACCAAGAGUAUCAAGAGUCUUUGUUAGCAGACCAAGAAAAGGAAAGGAGAAAAGAGUGUUACGAGGCCUGGGAGGAAAGACGCAAAAAGGCAAUUGAAGAAAGACAUCAGCGAAUGGCAGGAUGUGAGGAACCUUCAAGUGGACUGUUGUUGAAGUUCAAAUAUCCAAAUGGAUUUAUCAGAAUGAGAACAUUCAAUGUGUCUGACAGUAUUCAGGUCUUGUUUGACUUUGUCGGACAAGAUGAAAUGGCAAGUGAAAUAUUCAGUGUUCAAGAAGCAACAUCAUCCACCCCAAUUGAGAGUACCUCAUCAGGAUCACUUAUGGAUCAUGGCAUAAAAACAUCUGCAACUCUCUAUGUGCUUUGGAUUUCAACUCUAAAUACUCAGGAAAAGCUUCAAGAUCAGGCUAAUAAUGGAGUUUUUGAGCAGCCAUUGUCUUCUGUCCAGUUGCUGCAAAACAUGCCAUCUUCCACAACACCACCAUCCCUAUCUUCCAUCCUAAGCCUACAGACCAUGCACUCUGACCAAGCACUGCCAUCCUUAUUGUCUGCCCAGGCACCGCUGGGCCCAACAUCUGCCCAAGUGCUGUCGAACAUGCCCUGUGCCCGAGCACCGUCAACUUCGUUCACCUCCCGGGGACCUGUGUCCCAGCCUUCCACUCAAGUACCACAACAUUUGCUGUCUUCUGAAGUUGCAUUGGCCACAGCCUCAAGGCUGCCCCCCUCCCCCCACUCUAACCAGGCUCCACAAGUGAUUACCAUUGAGGACCAGACACCAGCUUCUCCAUUUACUGAGCAACCUGUAAUUAUCCUGGAAGACCAAGAAGAGCCACCCGAGUCUCCAUUAGAGUUUCCUUUGGAUGAGACUGAUCUCCAGACCAUAUUAAAAAAACUGGCCAGUAAAGUUGAUAUGAGUGUUUGUCCAACAAGCAACCAAAUAAACGUGUGCAGGGAAAGGAUUUUAGAAUCUAGCCUGCAUGCCUUCAAAAGACGGCGGUUUGACCCAGCAGCAAAACUGGAUGUUGUAUUUGUGGAUGAGGAGGAGAAACCUGAAGGGGCAGUUGAUGAAGGUGGUCCAACACGAGAGUAUUUAAGACUGUUAAUGAGGGCCAUUCAUCAGUCAAAUAUCUUUGAGGGGCAUGAGAAGGACCGCCGUUUGGCUUUGGACACUAAAGCACUGGACUCCAAACUAUACACAUGGAUCGGAAAAAUGAUAUCGGUUUGUUUAGUGCAUGGAGGCAUUGGACCACACUUCUUCUCAGAAAGGCUGUAUCAUCAGAUUUGUGGCAUAUCAUCUCAGCCCACCCUGGUAGAGGAAGUUGGUAACCAUUCAUUCAGGGAGCAGCUGAUCAAAAUACAGGAUACAAAAAUAGCCAUGGAGGCAAAUGGAGUCAUUAUGGAAGCAGCAGACAGCCUGAGCAUUGUCGGUGCAUUAAGGCGUGUAUCUACUCUGGAAGAGAGGGAUUCACUUGUGCAAUCUGCUGCAGAUUUCUUUGUAAAUGGAAGAGUACGCACUGCAUUGGAACAGUUUGUGGAAGGUUUAAGGACUCUUGGCUUACUGGAUGAGAUGCAGAAAAACUCUGGACUGUUUUAUGACUUGUUUGUCUGUGAGGAGAGACCACUCCUGGCACAGGACUUGUGCACCCUUUUUGAAGUGUGUUUUUCUACGCAAGGCAGCAACAGAAGAACUAGAGAAAAUCAAACCCUAUGCUAUUGGAGAGACUGGUUGAUCGAUAUUGAAGAAGGAGAAUGCAGUCCCAUUACACUUGAAAUGAGUUCGCUUCUGGAGCAUCCACAGUACCUCCACUGGGAUUUCCCCAUCGUCCACAAAUUGAGUUCCUCCACGAGGCCAACAAAAUCUUCCCAGAAGCAAAUACUUGCCUUAUAGUACUCUGCCUUCCUGUACACACAGACUAUGAAUCUUUCACAAAGUACAUGACAGAGGGGGUUCUGCAGGCCCCUAGCUUUGGUGUUGCAUAAGCAGCCAAUAACUGUAAUAUGCAGUCCUUUAAAAAAGGGUUGUAAUGUUUUGAAAAAGUUUUUAAGACUGUUUUUAUACAAGUUAUACUAAAGUUUAUUUACUGGGCAAGCUUGGAAUAGAUUGAAAAUGUAAAUGCAAUAUUUGCUAAUUUAUUAUUAUUUUUUCCUUAGAAUGGAUGUCAUUUUGAACCACUUUUUGGUUUCAAACUUUAAGGGUAUAUGUUUGAGCUAAAUGAUCAUUGUUAGUGUAUUCUUUCGUAAUUGUUGUUCUAGUUCAUCUAAUAAAUCAACACUGCUCAUUUUGAUUAAACCUCAAAUUCUACAGCUCAAAAAGGGGUGCAAAAGAUAUAUUGUUUUAAGGCUAAAAAGAAAUUAGAAAAUUUUACAUAAACAUUUUCAAACUGAGAAUUUGCACUGGUCCCUUUUUCCUCAGGGAUGUAUAUUUAAUUUGUCAUGUCUCCCAAUGCCUUAACAUUUUAUAAUUAAACUUAAAAAAAAAAAGUUCACCUGUUAUUGACAUUAAUUCUGAAAGUUUUAGUUGUAGUAAUUGUAUCUUAAGAACAAAGCAUUU